GUCCAGACUUAAGAAGAGCUGUCCCAAGCUGCAUCAUCUACCUCCUCCGGAAUAAAGCAAAGCAUCCAGGACAUUACUCCUACUCCCAACUCCUCCUACUUCUUCGAGCUUGUCCCAUACCCCCAAAUCCAGUCAAAAUGAAUCUCGGCGGCUUCGGUUCCUUGGCCCAGAACGCCGUCAAGCAAUUCGGCGGCGAGGACUCCAAAAAGGAUGACGGUGCCGGGUCCUCUGACGCCAAGUGGGCCGACGUUGGCUCGUCAGCCAAGAAAGUGUUCUCCGACUUUCAAGAGAAAGAAAAGAAGGGUGAAAAGCUCGACUACUCGGAGAUCGGCGAAGUGGCCAAGCAGGCCCAUUCGGCCUACUCAACCACCGACGGACCCAAGGAUGCAACCAGCAUCGGCAAGGCCGUCGCCCAGGGCCUCUUCAAAAGCGGCAAGCCAGGCGAUGAGCAAGGCUCCGGCCGUGACAACGAGAACUCCGGUCGCGAUACCCUGAGCUCCGGUCGCGAUACCCUGAGCUCCGGUCGCGAUAAUCAGACCUCCGGCCGCGAUAACCAGAGCUUCGGUCGCGAUAACCAGACCUCCGGCCGCGACAACGCUUUCGAUAGCGAGCGCCGAUCCGAUAACGACCGCCGGUCCGACAACGACCGCCGUUCGGAUAACGAGACUAGAUCAUCGGGUAGAGAGAGGCGGGAUGUCGAGGAGAGCAGACCCAUGGGACAGACACAGCGGCCAUCGGAGAACUAUUCCGGCAACAAGCCCGGAUCCGAUAGCUUCUCGGGCAACACGGAGAGCUUCUCGCGCAGCACGGAGAGCUCCUCGGGCAACACGGGUUAUGGCCGCCAAGACUCUGGGGCACGGGACGAAACUCGCCCCAUGAGAAGCGAGCACUCGACCCAGGCUGGGGGAUUCCGCGGCAAUUCUGGCGAGAGCAACGAAUAUGGCUCGAACAGGAAUGAGUUCAAGACCAAUGACGAUGAGUUGCGUGGCAACUCCGGAGAGCGCAACGAAUCCUCGCGUCGCUACUAGUCCAAGAUGUGAGCGAGUCUAGUCUGGGCCGAGGAUUGGGAGGGAUUUAGCUAAGGAGAUAUCCAUUGGCGAAGGCACGUACUUUCAGGAGGGCAGUGAGAGUACCAGCUGAUAGUUUGAGCCACUCUUCCUCAAGUUUGUCAGUAAUGAUCAUGAAAUGCUGCGGGAUCAUGUCCCCUUGUUGAAAAACGCUGCAUUCUUAGGAGUUUGAGGACCGUUUGAUGCAAUUUCAAGCAGUCGACUCCGACAUAUUAACAAUAGUGAAGCUCUUAACCUCCAUGGACCU